UCCAUAAGGUCAGUCAAAAGAUCAAUGCAAACCCAGGUAUGGGCUAUUGUUCGGUUAAAGACAACGCAGGGAUUCUUUGGCCUCUUUCUUGUUUUGGUUAUUGCAAUCUCUUUAAACUUGAGCUUUGAGGCUCAAUGCUUUCUUCACGUCCUUGAUUAUCCAUUUAUCCACAUUAACACAGAAAUUGCCGUCCACUCGGCACCCGUACCUUGCCCUCUGAUGACAUCCGUAGAAGUAAAGCCCUGCCAGUCUCAUGUUUUUCAUGAUCCCUCCCGGUUGAAUCUCAUCUUGUCAAUUAUGUCUGACAUUUUUUCCUUUGCGUGUUCUAGGUUCUAACCAGGGCCUGGACGAACAAUGUGGAACCACCUGAGUUAGCCCCCGUAGUCGGCGCCGUUGUCCUUUACUGUACCUCCGUUUUCCGUCCUCAAAUGGUCGUCGUGACUCUGCCAAAGGUUAUUUUCCUCACCGUUCUAUGACUGAGCACGGCAGUCGUCGGCCUGUACCCUGGCUUGUGAGAACAUCGGUAGAGAUACCGGCGCCGAUUGAAUCAAAAUAUGGCCGACGGUAGAUUUUUAUCUGUAGGCAAUAGAUGGAUGGAGUGACUCGUUUUAGGGCUAUUGCAUUACAGACAGUUGCAAGUGAAAUAACCAACCUUGAAGUCCUGGAAAUUACACCACCUCGUCUCUCUGGCCAAUACAGUAUUUACUCGAUUAUCAAUAUCGGAUAUCAUCUUGCUCUUGGGAAAGUCCCAGCGCCUAUGAUUCUUGACAACACGACUUGACCCCCACCAUCACCCCAUCUGGACCAUCGUCAAGUGGUUUCUGCGCCCAUUUACACAUACCUACACCGGUGUCCUUACUGAGCCUCACCAAGGACUCGACAACAUCUCACAUCCCAGCGCAACGCAUCGUGAAGCGGACGUUCACCCGCACGUCCAUAGGGGCACACAGGCUCUGCUUCUCCACAGUCAAAGCCACCGAGCAGAGGACGUAAUUCAAAAAGUCGAGUGACUCAUAGACACGGAAAGAUAGAGUUGCCAAGCUCCCCCAGUAUUUGGCGAGUUAGAGUCCUGCCUCAAGAGGAAAGAAGACAGAAGCUCAACCUGUAGCUUCCGCAGCCAGGGUCCUCGUCUCAGUUCCAUCUCCCCAGCAAGGUACGUAUCAGCCAGAUUUCUGUCACAGCCAAAGAGGACUAGGUGAAAGAUACAUCUUCCCACAAGUCACCCGCUAGUUCCCCCGAUACAUGAAUAUCCCCAAUCCUCCUGCGUUCCACGCGGGAUCCCAGCUAGUGCUCCCACUGGUCCCACCCUCUACUCACCUUUCAGCCCCAAUGCCCAAGAAAGAAAAUCCCCCCAUGCGGUUAUCCCCAUCCAUAACAGCUCAGGUGUUCUGUACUGCAGUUGAUCUGUUGACCUCAAGUCAAGCUCAAUUCAUCCAGUUCAGUUCGAGUUCUCAUUGGGAAUUCGAAUUGUGAGAGGGAUGUUACUUGCUACACGCCCAUGCUAUUUCUCACACCCACGAUCUAUCCUCAUCAUGUCUCCCGUAUUUCAGAGGUUACCUCAUCCCCUCCCUAUCCUUCUCAUCGAAUGAAAAGCUGCAAGGAUCUGCUACGUUUACUCGGUCGCGCCGUAGACUUUUCGUUGGCGCCCUAGUAGUGUACCGGUACCGAAUUACAUGGCUAACAGUCCACUCUCAAGGUGACAAGGGCGUAUUUCUGGAGAAAAAAAGUGAAACCGCUUUUUGUCCGUCCGUUGCCAUCCGUCUUGCUCCGUCAUUGUCAUCGCUUGUCGUCCUCAACCUCCCAAAAAUUUUGGGUUUGGUUUCGCAAAAAAUUGGCUGGUGCUGCGCCUGUUGCAGUUAAUAUCCCCUUCCUACGAGGACAAGACACGCCAAGCAGCAGUAUUUGCAUAAACGCACUCACGAUCUCAUUCUUACACACCUCACAGCAUCAGAUAAGCAUCGGCCGCAACAUUUGUUGCAUCACAAUCCCUUGAUUCAUUUACUGAUUUCCCUGCCCUGUCCUGUCUGCCCUACACCACCCAACAAGACGCACCCCCGUUCCCCGAGCUUACCCCUGCUCUCUCUCCCCCAUACUCCGGUAUCUCUUCGAGUUUCUCAUCUGAGGUACGUUACCAUUGCCAUACCCAAACCCAAACAUGGGCCAAACGCUCUCGACCAUGACGGUGGCCUCGCCUUCGGGACCCGGUUCCGCCCAAAACGUCUUAAACCGACUUUUCUUCGCUAGUGGCCCCUUGCGCUCCGCGACAUCGUCUACUUUGACCCGUGCUUCCACCCGCUCGUCUACUGUUCCCCCAGCCGCUGUUCUCACGGCGACUACUAAUAAUCGCCGCCCUCGACCCUCAAACCCCAGGCUCUCCUAUUCAUCCUUCUUUCCGUUCUCAUCACCCCAUCUCCCAUUGUCUAUGUCCAUGGCGUCUUCGUCCCCUCAUAGUACCGCCAGCUCUGAAAUUGCCACGCCUCGCUCUAGAUCAUCAACAACAUCAUCCCCGUGUGUACCCCCCUCCCGUCCCUCCGACCCCUCCUUCCCGUUGCCUAUAACUAUAUCUAACCUCCCCAUGUCUUUCUAGACGAAGACUUACAGAUUCCAAUCCAAUGUCCCCCGUCGACCUUUCCAAGAUCGAACAAGAAAUCAAGAUGGCCGCCCUUGAUCAACACCGUGGCUACGUCCAAGACCACUAUGCCGAGGUCAAGCAGGACCGAACACCUGAAUAUGUUGACGAGUCCAAUGCUGCCGGCUACCAGAUUGUCCGAGAACCUCUCUGGAAUAAGGGUAAGCCGUCCCAUUCCACCUUGUCAAUUGCGACAACACUUGUUGUCACCACCAUGGCGCCAGUGGCCUUGCUACCACUUGUAGUCAUGGAAGGUCUCCGUCGCUCUUCACGAAUUCCUUCCUCACCAGCUAUCAUACUUUCCCUUGAAGUAUGCUAACAAUUCUUUGUGCAGGACUUGCCUUCACACCUGAGGAACGCGCCUCUAAGAACCUCACUGGUCUCCUCCCCCACACUAUGGAGAGCUUCGAGACCCAGUGCGCCCGAGCCAUGAAGAUGAUUCAGACCCGCCAGACACCUAUCGACAAGUACCUUUACCUGUCCACUCUCAAGGACCAAAACACCGACCUUUUCUAUCGUCUCCUCAUCGACAACAUCCGAGAGCUCAUGCCCCUCGUCUAUACCCCCACAAUCGGUGAUGUCUGCUUGCAAUACUCUAGCAUUUACACUCGCCCCGAGGCUCUGUACAUCUCCAUCAAGCAGCGAAAGUCCAUCCGUGCUAUGCUCCGAAACUGGCCUUGCCAGGAUCCUGAGAUUUGUGUCGUCACCGAUGGCUCUCGCAUUCUUGGUCUGGGCGAUCUCGGUAUCAACGGUGUCGGUAUCUCUAUCGGAAAGCUUGCUCUUUACACCGGCGCUGCUGGUAUCCACCCAUCCAAGACCCUUCCCAUUGUCCUUGACUGCGGUACCAACAACGAGGAGAACCUGAAGGACCCCUUCUACCUGGGUCUGCGACAAAAGCGACCUUCGUACCCUGAGCAGCAGGCUUUCAUGGAUGAGUUUAUGGAAGCUGCCCGCGAGGUUUUCCCCAGCAUGGUUGUCCAAUUCGAGGACUUCGACAGUGAGAAGGCCUUUGGUUAUCUCGACCGUUACCGAGACCAAUACCGAUGCUUCAACGACGAUAUCCAGGGAACUGGUGCCGUUGUGUUGGGUGGAUAUAUUGGCGCUGUUGAGCAGUCUGGUGUUCCAAUCGAGGAACAGCGGCUUGUCUUCAUGGGCGCCGGCUCUGCUGGUGUCGGUGUUGCCAAACAGCUCGUUGAGUACUAUACACGCCGUGGAUUGAGCGAAGCUGCCGCCCGCGACAAGUUCUGGCUCGUCGAUACCAAGGGUCUUGUUACUAAAGACCGUGGUGAUCGCCUGGCUGAGCACAAGAAGUACUUCGCUCGAACUGACAACAAUGGUCAGCAGUACCGUACUCUUGAGGAAGUCAUCGAGUAUGUCAAGCCCAGUGCCCUGGUUGGUCUUACUGCGACCUUCGGCGUCUUCACCGAGCCUGUUGUCCGUGCUCUCAAGCACUCUGUUCAGGAGGGUGGCCUUGAGCGCCGUCCCAUUCUCUUCCCUCUCAGCAACCCUCUCACCAAGGCUGAGUGCACCUUUGAGCAGGCUAUUGAGUGGACCGAGGGCACUGUCCUCUUCGCUUCUGGCUCUCCCUUCAACCCCGUCAAGGCCAAGUUUGGUGACGAAACUCACCACACGGUCUACCACCCCAACCAAGGCAACAAUGUUUACAUUUUCCCUGGUCUGGGUCUCGGUGCCAUCCUGGCCAAGGCUUCUCGUGUUACCGACGAGAUGGUUUACACCUCUGCCGCUGCUCUGGCUGGCUCCCUAAAUGCCGAUGAGGUUCACAAGGGCCUCAUAUACCCCCGCAUUGAGCGUGUCCGUGAUGCUAGUGUCAUUGUCGCUCGCGAGGUCAUGAAGGCCGCUCGACGUGGUGGUGUCUCUGAGCUUCCUGAGUCUCAAUGGGCUGAGUGGGAGGAGUGGGGUGAUGUUGCCCUGACCACCUACAUCAAGCAGCGUAUCUAUAACCCUCUUUGCUUUGCUGAUGCUAAGACGCAUCUGUAAUCAUUUGCACACUUGUGUAUGAUUUGCAAGCAUUGCCAUUUGAGGGUUUGGAAUAGGCUAAGAUGCGUAUCUCGACCAUGAAGUGCUCGUCGUCGGGAUUGCACUUGCAAAUGAUUGCGGUAUUUGAGUGACUUGAGUAUACUAACUCAGCUGCUUUGUGCAGACUUCAACGCCAAAGAUCAGCUGUGGUAACUCUUGUUAUGUCAUGUUAUGCCACACGCUUUAGUCGGUGGCCUCUGGUACUCUGUUGAGCGAGCCUCCGUGAUGAGGCUUUUUUGUUUUCCAUAAUCUGCUUGACGUGUUAACGGCUAUUAAUUUUGUUUACAUCUGGCAUGAACCAGACAGGAUGGGAAUAGAGGCGAGGUUAAAAAGAGAUGGAAGAAGACUUUACAUACCAGUCAAUGAGAUAUUUGAAACAAGCCUUGCUGUGCCUUGCCUUGCCCUUUUACUAUCGCGACUUCUGAUGUGUUGACUGUGAUGAGAUUGUUGGAUAUAUCGAUUCAACUAGUGAUGAAGUAUUGCGAGGUGAGGUGCUGGGUUGGCCACAAAAUGCCAUGGAUGUAUCGGCGACUUGUCUUCUAUUGCGAUCAAAAUGGGGCUGCAAGUAGUUGCUUGAUAGAACUCUUGCCCGAGACUGACUGUCCUGGGACUUCGCGAACCGGCACUGGAAAGCAACCUAUGAAGGUGCUAAAGACCCGGUCAUUUUGGGAAGCACCACGACAUGCCCAAAGCCCAGGCAUGCUUUGCUUGUCUCAACAUGAAGGGCCAAGUUCUGGCGAGAUUGCGCUGAGUGACUCCAAUGCCCCUCCACGCUGUUCACGUUGGUCAAGGUCUGGGCUCUUGAUGACUCUGACUGAAGGCGCAUCUGUUAUCGUGGAGGUGGCCAGUGAUCAGGUUUUAACAUGAUUGCCAUGUCCUGGAUUGCCAGUCGGUGUUUGGAUGGUGUCGAUCCAACUUGUUGUUGUUAAGUAGAGUAAUGAAUGACGAUGCGAGAUACAAGAGGAUCUGCGAAACUUAGUUGUCAGGCCGCCGCAAAUUGAUGUCCGAGAGCAUAAAUAGAAACUGAGGCUGUUGAAUGUCCAAAGCGAGGCAUUGAUGUCUGUAAGAAGAGUUGAGGCAAGCCGAGGGUACCACUUGGACCCAGAGCAAUGCGACAGGAUCAUGAUCGUAACAAACAGGCAGGUGAAUGUGAGGGAGGGUUACAACUUGUUGGGGGUAGGUGGUUUUUGUCCCUCGCACAACCUAAGUCAAGUCGUAAGAUGGGAGGACGUCAAGGCCGGUUGAUAGCCGCAGCCGCUUCAGGACGUCGGUAGCCGAGCCAAAGCUCGCCUGGAGGUUCGGGGAUGGCGUUUGCCAAAGCCGAGCAGGGGGAGCCUACAUAUGCAGUGCGACGGCGCAUGGCUGCGGCAGAGGGCAUAGGGCAAAAGAUGAGACAUAUUCCUGUCAUAGAAAACGUACCCUAUGCCAUUGGGCAAGGGAGAAUGUUGGUGGAGGGGUUUUGUAUUUGAACCAGGCUUGGUGUUGAUACCAUGCAGCGAUUUUUUCUUCAACGGUAUUAUAUCUGCGGUGGUGGGCACGCCCCAGGUACCUUGGGAUCGUUGUAUGUGGAGUCCGUCUCGGGCCCGGGCUCCAGCUUUCGAUAAUGACGGCGGAGGGCGCGGAAGGUUGGCGGAUGGGUGCAGCUGAGAUGUUUUCUUUUUACACAAAUUAUCAUACUGAAAGGUGUGCUAAACUAUGUGUCAAAGAAAUUAUGUUGUUGUCUUGAUUUCAUGCCUCUUG